ACUCCGCCAUGAUAAUUUAAGUCUCUUAAUAAUAUAUAUCUAUGAUCUUCUUGCGUUUCAAAUUGAAACUGAAAUAAUUUCAAGUCUUCAGGAGUAAUAUCAUUGUUCCGUAGUUUUAUAAAUAGACUGUGACAUUCAUUUUCAAAAGGGUUAGGUUUUUCAAAAAUCGAGUGGGCAUAUUUCUUCAACUUCACGGUUAGCCCUCUAGAUCCAGUGCACGUUUCGUAUUUGAGCGCUUCGAACAUUGUGCAAAGUUUAUUAAUGUACCUAUUUUGAAUAGCAGUCAUUUUAAGUUUUUUAUUAAAAGAACACUCCUAUAUGGUCUUCGAACAUAAUAUAAUCCGAACUAUAUAUAUUUCAUGGAGUGCCCUCAUCUUCAAGACAAUGCCUGCAUAACGACACCGAAUAUAAAGAGUGAGAAUCUCCCAUCGCGCUUUCUAUGUGGUGUUGUUUGACUAUGAAUGCUGUCAGUGCACCUGCAUGAGGCAGUCUUUGUGACCAGGAAUGACAAAUUUGUAAAACUGAACAGAGCCCAUGGAUUUGUGUAAAAUGUGGACGUAUCCAUUGUGGAAGAUAUGUAAAUGGACAUGCCAAGCUCCAUCAUGAAGAAUCAACGAACCACGCAGUUUGCAUGGACUGCGACAACCUGGCUGUCUUUUGUUAUAAGUGUGAUGAGUUUGUCAUCAAUGACACUACUCUUGGCCACAUUGAGAAGCUCCGUAAACAGCUCCAGUCCAUUUCCAGUGCCCAGGCUCAAAUGAGGCAAAAAACCAGACGGAGAUGCUCAACUGACUCACAAGAAAAUGAAACAUCAAUAAAGAAAAUUAAAAAGGAUGAUAGACUAAGUAAGCCAAGAUCCUCUGGAUUAAGGAAUCUGGGGAAUACAUGUUUUAUGAAUGCAGUGUUGCAAUCUCUGAGUAACAUUCAGCAGUUUUGUGGCUAUAUAAAGCAACUACCAUCACUAGAAGAAAAAGUAACAAAGGUCAAGAAAGUGCAAACCAGGAAAUCGAAAUCAUUGGAGGAGGAUUUCUUAUUGGUUGAAGAGCUUAGGAAGACCCUUUGUGCCCUGUGGCAAGGCUCAAAAGGUGCUAUUUCACCAGAAUCCUUGUUUGCUGUUAUUUGGAAGGUUGUACCCAGAUUUAGAGGAUACCAACAGCAAGAUGCCCAUGAAUUUAUGCGAUAUCUCUUGGACAGGCUCCACACAGAGCUUCUCACCCUGCUGCCCUACCCAAACAGUGACAGUCCAUUUAUUGGACCGAAGGGCAAGAGCACCAUCGUCACUGCAAUUUUUGGUGGGCUCCUUCAAAAUGAGGUCAACUGUCUUGUAUGUGGGGUUGAAUCAAAAAAGCAUGAUCCAUUUCUAGAUUUAUCUCUUGAUAUUCCACAACAGUUUUGUACCAGAGGUGUCAAAGCAAAAGAUGGGGAGCAACCCCGAUGUACCUUAUCAGAUUGUUUGCAGAGUUUUACUGAUCUAGAAGAACUUGAAGAAUCUGAGCUCUAUAUGUGUAGCAACUGUAAAAUGAAACAGAGGUCCACCAAAAAAUUCUGGAUACGGAGACUGCCAAAUGUUCUGUGUUUACAUAUAAAACGGUUUCGGUGGCAGUCUUUCUUCAGAGUGAAAUUAGAGACGUUUGUAGAAUUUCCACUGGAAGGAUUGAACAUGCACAAGUACAUUCUUGAUAAUUUGCAUGAGACUCGGGGAAGUGGUGGUGGAAGUAAUGAGUAUGACUUAGCGGCAGUGGUUGUCCAUCAUGGUUCAGGGGCAGGAUCAGGUCACUACACAUCAUACGCCAGACACGAAGGUCAAUGGUUCCAUUUUAAUGACAGUACAGUGACUCCUUGUGAGCAAGAAACAGUGGCAAAAUGUAAAGCAUACAUCUUGUUCUAUAUACGCCGGCAGUUCAAGGUCCCGGAUUAUUUAUCCAUCAGGAAUGGAAAGUAGAGAAAGCAUUGUCAGACCGUUGUAUGGACCAUAUCAUUGAUGGAAAGAUUGGGGAUGGAUGACUCACAUCAAUUUUCAUCUUGUGAAAUUUUGUGUACCUGUAAAUGUUGAUAAGUGUGUUUGUCUACUUUUUAGCGGUAAAAUGCGACUCCAUCUCUGCAUGUAUGAAAGAUGGCAUGAUGUAUGAUAUAUAGAAAAGUAUGCAUUUUUUAGUCUACUCUGAUAGUAUUAUAAAGCUUGACAGUAAUGUUUGUGACAAAAGAAUAUGUUGAUGGGUGGUUCCCAUAAUAAUGCUCCCACCUGUUUCUGUAGUAUUGUUGCUCUCUGGGGAAGAAUAGAUCUACUGAUCCAGCCAUUUUAAAAACCUUCAAUUUAUAACAUAAAUUUUGCUGCUCAUAAUUCUAGUAUUAUAUCUGUAUUUUUUAUUGCUGUCUUAACAUGGACGAUUCUUUAACAUUUUCUGACCACACUUGUGUUAAGACACCUUCAAACAUUAUCAAAGCCCCAGAUGUGCUGGAAACUUGUAACUUGUCAUUUUAAGAUGAUAAUCAGUUGGAAUUCCAGUUAAUUAUUGUAUUUGUUCAUGCUUUCCAAUCUCAUAGUUUCUGUCAUUAAUUAAUGAAUGGAGAAAAAUAUACCAAAUACCAUCCUUAGACAUUUAGUAUAUUGAGAACCUUAAAUUUGAUGCAGUUUGAACCUCUUUAUAAACACAUGUACAGCAAUAUUUUGUAAUGCUUUAUAUUAUUGUAUCCAAAAUAUUUGAUAGUAGAGAUAUUUGUGAGGAAGUAGUUGCAACUGAUCCAAAAUGUAUAGACAUAGUAUGGAAAGCUCUGUCAGCCUGACAUUGCGAUGUAAAGGGUAUUACAUUUUGGUUGCAGCUGUGAGUAAAUGUUUGAAGGUACACAGGUGUAGUGGGAAAAUGUGUUGAGAAUUCCUUGAUAUAUAUGUGAAAACACACAUGAGGAAGACAGAAAAAAAAUGUCUUUAUUGUCUGGGUCUGCAGCUCUCCAUUCCAAUUUUAUACAGUUCUGCAGGUAACUGAUUUGAUACAGCUGUUGUGCAGCUAUUGUGUAGAUGAUCUUUAUUCCCUUUGAGUGGAGAAGGGGAUGUAGUAAUGCAUGAGUGAGUAUGGUCUUGAUGCUAAUAUAAAAUACAGUUGAUUUGAUGUUGUGUUUAUAAAUAUCCCCAGUCAUGAGGGGAUGCACUUUUUUUUGCAGUGCAAAGGUUUGUAGGAUAUUCGAAUAAAUUAAGUGUAUUAGAUGCAGGUCACAACUGUACAAUUUCUGAAAAUUGUGUGCAUUGCAUUAAUUCAUUAUGGAUUAUGUCUUAGAUGCAAAUCACAACCUAUGAUACAUGAAAAAUUUUAUACCAUAUAUUGGUUUUCUAAAAAUAAAAUGCCUACUUUGUAAAUUAGAUAUGUUUUGCAUUGUUGUGAAAAGCUGUUCUAAAGAUCAAGGCAUAUUUUGUACUCGAACAAGUUCAAAUUUAGUCUGGUGUUCAAUGGAGAAUUAUUUUUUUAGUUUUAUUUUUCUGACAUUGUGAGAGACACUGUUUAGACUAAUGGUCAUUUGUCGUUUGGUUUUGAUGUUCCACCACUUUGGAGAAGUAAGGUUGUAUCUUUAAUAGAUUUUAAAACGUGUACCAAGCUGUGCUCAGAGUUUUCCCAUUUUAACACAUUUUCACUGUCACCAUUUCAUGGUAGAUUCUUCUUUUCAGACAACAUACAAUUGUUAAAAAAGAACAAAUAGUAACAGUAUCUUGUCAGUUUAGUUAUUUAAGCCCAGUUCUUAUAUUCAUUUGCUUACUAUAUAGUGGGUAAGCCAUUAAAAUAGUAAUCUUCAAAAUUAUGUCCAUAUGAGAAUUGAUAUUGGUUUCCCUCAAUUAUGUCAAAUUUACAUUAUUAAAAAUGUUGGUACUCCAAAUUUGUCAAAUUAUAUACAGAUCUUGCUCCAGGAAAAGGAUGGCAAUCUUUGUUUAAUGCAUUUUCUUUGAAAUGUGAGGAUUGCUUCCGUCUGAAAUAAAUUGUGAAGAUCAUUUUGUAACUAUGAAUUUGAGAAAAAAAAUUGUGAUUCUUAGGCCAGAGUAGUGUUUUUUCUUGUUCAACAACUUAAAUUUCCAGCAUGGAAAAGAAAAUAUGAAAUUAAAGAUAUAAUGGAAUUAACCUCAUUUCAACAAAUUAUUUCCAAAUAUCUUAACUCCGAGUGAAAUACAAGGAUUAUGGAAAAUCAGUGAAAAUUUACUCUGACGUUUGUUUUCUAACAACACUUGCUGUAAACAAUUUUUUUUUCCAAAAAUGAUGAAAUUAAAACUAAAUUUAUGUUUUUAUAAGUAUAAUGAAUACAAUUUACAGUAUGCGAGGUAAUUUACUCAUGAUUUUUCAAUUAAGUCCAAAACAGUGGGGUAAAUUUAUAUUGUCAUAUGGGGAGGAGGUAAUAUCAACUUUUAUAAUCAUAGAAAAUUUAUAAGUCCCUUAUGUUUUAAAGAAUUUAAUAUUUGUACUUGUUACAAACUAAACAAAAAAAAACCCCAUAUCAAUCCAUACAUCCUGUUAACAAUGGAACAUUUUUAAAUUCUUCUUGAUAACUACUCUUCCAAUUCUUUUCAAAUUUGGAAUGAAGCAUCUAUGGGAUAAAGGUGACAUAAAUUGUAAAUUUCAGGAUUCCUGCACCUUUGGGCCUUAAAAUUUACCACAUUUAACUAAGAUCUUUACAACCACACAUCUGUAUUAAAAAAAAAAAAAACCAAGUGCAUAGUCAUGUAGAGCAGGAAGGCCUCUAUCAAAGUUGUAAAUUUCAUGAUCCCAGGGGUAGGGGUGGAUACUGAAUUUAAACUAAAUUGAUAUUCAGAAAGAGCAGGUAGUCCUUUACCAAAAUUGAAAAUUUCAGGGGGUAGGAGUUAUGGCCAGGGUGCAGCCAAAAUGGUCAUAGUGAUCAAAUGUCAAUCAUAUAAUAGACUUCUUUCUGAAUUUUUAUGAUACUAUAUAAGAACUAAAUGCAUAUUAAGAAAAAGCAGAAAGGGAUGUACCAAAAUUGUAAAUUUCUUAACCUCGGGGUUCCUAUUCUAGGGUGGGUCCAAAAUAGUCAUAUAGUAUUGAUAUAACAUAUAUAAUUAUGCAAAAUCUUUCAUCAAUAUGGGGACUGUCAGGGACAUUUGUGUUUUAAAAACACUUGUUUUAUACUGAAUAUUAAAAUUUAGCUUAAUAUGAUAGAUUUUAUAGCCCUUUGGUUAAGUGAUACUUUUAAUGAUUGAUCAGGUGACUGAUAAGGCAUGUCCUUAACAGAAAAAAAUAUUACUCUGGCUUUUGGUUGUUAAAGUCUGUUUGAUUUCUGCUUGUCUGUUGUGUAGAAGAGAAGAAGCUACUGUGUAAAUGCUACAGAUAUCCUCGCUGGUUCUGAGGUUAAUCUUGACCAAUCUGUCUUCAUUUGGUGUAUGUUCAUGUGCUGAGCACUGGAUCAAAAAGAGAUGCUUGUUUUCUUGCAAUUAAAUAACAUUUGUCAAUAAAUAAUUGAUAAACAUUGA